AUCCUCGCCCCAUCGUCAUUCCUCCAGCUCUGCCUCAGCCAGUCCCGAGCCUGAUAGGCUUCAAUAACAUGACACUGGCGACUUCCAGCAAGCAGCCUCCAGCAGUGGUUUCCAAGUGUCUGCCAACUCCGGCCAUGAUGCAUGACUAUGCAGCGGCUCCGCCAAAAAUCUUUCCACAUACCUGUUCUCUGUGUAACAAAGAAUGUACUCAUAUGAAGGAUUGGCUCUCCCACCAGAACACCAGCCUUCACCUUCAGAACUGCAAUCUCCUGCGAAAACAAUACCCAGAUUGGGACGGUGAAAUAGCACUCGAACCCAGGGCUGCAGGAAUAGAUGCCAAGCCCGCAGCCCCAACCUCUGCACAGACUUCCCAGAAUCGUCGCCAGAAAACCAGCCAUGGCAGUCACUCCCGUUCCCGCUCGUCCAGUCCCCGUCGCCACCGUGGUCUGGAGGGUAGAAGGGCGAAAAGCAGUAGCCGCUCACGAUCACCGCACAGUCCCAGAUACACUCGCAGGUCUCGUUCUCGCUCCCCAUGGUAUAAUCACCCGACCUCCUCCCAUUAUCGGUCAAGGUGGAGAGGCGAUAAAUGGUCCUCACCGAGGAAGAAUGACGGGAGACGAUCGCCACCGAGGAGAAGUGACGAGAGACGUUCACCACCGAGGAGGAGUGACGGGAGACGAUCGCCACCGAGGAGGAGUGACGAGAGACGAUCGCCACCGAGGAGGAGGAGCGGUGAGAGGCGAUUCUUGACAGAGGGGUCAUCCCUUCAAAGAAAGAAGUCGAGCAGUGCAGAAAGACUGGCUAAGAAACUACUGGAAACUUCAGCUGUCCAGUCUCUAUCAAGACAGUCUGACCUUGAGACGGUGGUUAAAACUCUGGCUCCUGCCUUAUUGGCUGAGCUAGUCAAGAUGAACACCUCUUCAUCAUCAUCCUCUUCUUCCAAAGGAGGGAAACCCUCCUCGUCUCCUGCAGUAGGGAACAAAUUGUCUUCCGUCGUCUCUUGCUUAUUAUCUUCUACAGCAAAGAAAAAGUUAACAACAAAGCCCUCUAAAGCAAACCCCAGCCCGGAGAAGAGUGAGUCUGGUAAAUCUUCACCUCCAACCAUGGUGAGACUAGAUGGGAUCUAUAGUUCUCUCUCACACAAUGACGUGGUCGCUGCUGUGGAACAAUUUGGAAAAACCAAGUCAGUUGUACUGUUUCGGUCCGUUUCGGAGGCAAUCGUAUGUUUUGAGAAAGAGGAACACGCUAACAAAUUGAAGAGCGUAAAGAACUUCCAAAUUAAAGGAAUGGCAGUCACUAUUGUCAGAGAACAGGAUACUGUUUCUAAUGAGCAAAAGAAGCCUCCUCAGAACCUCUGGAGCCAUGAAAGCUACAGCAGGCAAACUUGCCAAUCAGAAGAUUGCACCUAAAGGCUCAGUUAAAGGCACUAAAGCGAAAGUGUUGGUUUCCAAAGCGAAAAAGGUCUCAACCAAGCAGAUGGCUAAAAAGGUAAAAACAGGAAAGUUGCCUGCGAAGGGACCUGUUAAAAAGGUUGCGGUAAAGCGGAAAAGUUCAAAGUCCACUGCACACGCACCAGAGACCAAGACUGUUGCUUCACGAGUACAACAGCGGGCUGCAAGAUUCCCCACUGAAGCUGCUGUGGAGGCAAUGCUGCAAAGUGGAGAGGUGGAGACAAAAACAAUGCAAAAAGAUCCUGUGACUGAAGUGAUGUCAAAAAGAGGUGCAACAUCAGCCAAGGAUGCAUCCACCGCAUCCUUAUUGGAUCUCAACCAGGGUCAAGAUGAUUUCUCAGAUGACAGUGAGGAAAUUUUCAACAUGGAUGACUUUGUCACUGUUGAUGAAAUUGGUGAUGACUUGGAAGACAAAAGUCCAGAGUCUACUGAAACCCCUUCCUCCCCUGGUCAUAAAACACAACAAAGGAAGGCAAAAUCUCCAUUUAAAGCAUCAAAUACCACAUCCAGUUGUAGUACACACUCAGUCUAUGCUGCAUGCGAAAGGGAAAUGAUAACAUCAGCAGUAACUGACGAAGCGUCAAUAGAGACUCACCUGGAGUGGCUUAGAGAAGAAGCAAAAGCCACAGAGGGCGCAGUAAUUGCUGCUAAAACUGUUGAGUCAGAGACAAAACUAGAAACAUCAUCAGAGAUGCAUUCACCUCCACAGGGACAAGGGUUUGAGUUAAGUCAAGUCCAAAGUCUGGACAUUGAUGUUAAAGUUCCAAAUAAAAGCAAAGAGGAAGGAAAAGAUGAUGAUGUUGACAAACAUACAAAGGAGGAGGAGGAUGAAAACUACCAAAUCCUAAAUUCACUAGAUGAUCGAACAGAUGAACAGAUGGAUGAUGAGGAGCAAUAUGGGAGCUCUAAAAUCAAGCAAACUGGAUCUGAGGAAAGCUAUCAGGUCUUGGACAGUGUUGACAACGAAGACCAAGACUGCCAAGAGGUGAACAGUGAAAUGAAAAUGGAUGGUUCUUUCCAAGUGCUGGAGAGUGUAACAGAAGACCAAGCAGCAACAAGUCAAGUGGACAGUCUCCUGGUCCAAGAUGCAGUUCCAGUAGUCGACAAAUCUCAUGAUGCAAUUAAAGAUCAGGAGAUUAAUAACAAAGACCUUUUCCAAGUGUUGGAUACAGGUAGGAAACAAGCUUCAAUGGGAAAUGGUGAUGGGAAGACAAAAGAAGAAGAAGAAGACAAAGGUAAAGUGCUUACAGUAGAAUCUUGCAAAGCCUUCAAAGAUGUGGAAAAUCCUGAUGGCCAAAUCCCAAAUGAAGACCAGCCUCUUCAAGACGGUGACGAUGAUUGUACUGAACAAGAAACCUUUGAGAUAUUGGAUUCAAUUGAUGACCAGACUGCAACAGAAGAUAAACUUGAAACUCCCAAUGACCAGCUAUCUAAAGAAGAGCUUAGGUCCAUAGAAGAAGAGGAAGGCUCAUAUCAGGUAACUGAUUCUUUAGAAGAUCAGCCAGUGACCACAGAGUCAGAGAAGGACAACAUGGAAAGAAGGAUUGAGAAACGGGAGGCCACUGCUAGAAAGGAUGAUGGACCAUCAAAGAGGAGUGGCCCCAAAACCACAACUGCAAGAGGACAGAAAGAGGAUAAAAUUACAGAUACCUAUGAGAUUUUAGAUGCUGUGGAAGAUGAGACUGCAGAUGAUGAACCAACCGUAACAAGACUAUCUACCAGAGGAAAACGGGAACGAACAGGUAAUAAAGAUUCUUCAAAUGAGAAAACAAAAAAAGAGGAAACGCCAACAAGAAGGAGGCACACUCCUGCCAGAGAGUCACAGGAACUAAACAAGAAACCAACACCAAAGAAAGAGGAGAAAGCCCCUCGCAAAGAGAGCUCACCAACAAAGAAGAGUGACGUUGUUACAGAGGUAAGUGAGGAAGAUGCUACCUAUGAAAUAUUGGACUCUAUGGAGGACGACGUUAAAGAUGAUCGGCCUGCUACAGGACUAAAAGGUAGAAGGGGAAGACCAAAGAAAGAGGUGAAUACAACUAAAAAAGACGCAAGUAGGUCCCAAAUUAAUACUGCAACACCUGAAGAGGAAAAUAAACUAAAUUCACCCGAGAAACACUACAAAACUAGCCCUCUGGUGAACCUAGUGAACGGGAGGGCAAGGGACACCAAGGGGACACUGGAGACCCGCCCACUCCACCAGGAGGACGAAUCAGAGGACUCCUUGAACCCAGAGACUUUGGUGACUUUAGAUGAAGCUGGCGAUGAUGAUGAGGAAGAGCAGCCGCACGAAGAGGAAGCUGAGAAAACAUCAAGAUCUGCUAAACGCAAACACGAUGACGACACAGAGGAAAGUGUGAACUUUGUGAUAGUAGACGAGGUGAAAGAGGAGGAGGAAAACGAAUCGGUUACAACCAGGACAAGAGGCCGAGCCGAGAAGAGAACCAGAACCAGAACCAGACAGACCCCAGUUGACCCUCCUACUACUCUUCCUGUUUGUGGUGAUUCAAACUACUAA